AAGAUCAUCAGUUGAUCUAUGGCUCGAGAUUCCAUCCGGGUGAUAAAAUUAUACUUAUAAUUAUUAUAAGUAUAGCAUAUCGAGAUCGUACUUAAGAUAAUGGAUAAUCUUAAAUAUAAAAUCGGCCUAUAUAUGAAUACCGCCCUUUAGAAAAUUGUGGAAUAUCGUCACGCUGACAUCUGGCAGCCGAGUUCGCCUACUAAAGAAUAGUAAAGAAUCAUUCUCGUGCGUAUCGUUGAGCAUAGAGCACGGUGAUAUCAAAUCGUGCAUAUCACGUUUCUUGCAAUUGUGAGACCGAAUCGACAAAUUAAAAAUGCGCAUGUAGACUCGGAACGAACAAACGGCAAUGUUCGUCUCGUUCUCGAGACUCCAGUUUCUGGACUGAUCGAGUGUUAUGACUUAACCUAACCUAAAUUUUACUUUCAUGCUGUUCUGCAAGCGUGAACAAUUUCAAAAUGAUGCAGCAAUACAUGAAGGAAUUGGAGCAGGAUCCAUUUGACCCUGAAGAAUUUGUCGAAAGAUUAGCUUGGAGAACUGUCAAUGACAACACGAAAGAUGGAGGAAAGACGUUUUUUGAUCCGGUCAUCGUCCAUGAAACGUUUUUGCAAGCAAUUAAAGACUUACAGAUACUACAGGAACGUCAGCAAAAGAAAUGUGACAAGUUGGAGGCUACGUUGAAAGAAGAGGAAGCUCGACAUACAUUUGAGAUAUUAGAAUUACAGGAGAGGAAUAGACAUUCUAUCGAUUUGUUUCAUCAGUUAGAUGAAAGAAUAAAUCUCGUGGCGACUAAAGUUUUACAUCUGGGGGAUCAGUUAGAAAGUGUCAAUACACCAAGGGCAAGAGCGGUUGAGGCUCAAAAAUUGAUGAGACACUUCUCAGAAUUUUUAAGUCCUGGUCCAUUGACGGAUCCAAUUUUUACAGAUAAGUCGUCGUUAAACGAUGCUGCAGAUGUGAUACAGAAGCUCCAUCUCAUAGCCCAAGAACUUCCCUCUGAGAAAUUUGAACAUGCCAAGAAAAAAAUUGGUGUCAAGUAUGAUGAGAUAGAACGUAAUCUAAUCGAGGAAUUUGUAAGAGCGCACAACAGGGAAGAUGCGCCGCAUAUGAGAGAAUUGGCAAGUACCUUGGCACAUUUCAAGGGCUACUCACAGUGCAUUGACGCGUUCAUAGAACAAAGUCAAAUGGGUUCUUUUGGUGGGAAAGACGUCUUUCAAGACGUUAUACCUAUGUGUACAAAGUAUCACAAGCUUAUGCAACAGGUGUUCUCUAAUCCUGAACAAGUGAUGGCUAAGUUUGUUUUAAACAUAUACCAUCUGCGCCUUCAAAAAUAUGCGGUGGCCAAGUUAGCUGACAAAAACGAUUCCGAAAAAUAUCUCAGAAACCUAUAUGAUCUGUACACAAGGACAGUCAAACUGUCCAAUGAUCUAAAGGUCUUCAAU